AAUUUCACUUUAUCCGCGUCCAAAGCUCUUUACGUGAAAUCCGAAAAGGCUGGAACAUAGGCUCCAUAAUUCAACGAAGUGGGAGUCAUAGUUCACAAAGCAAAGAAAAUUCACCGCGAAUCUUUGAAAUUUGGCCCUAAAUGAUGAGCUUAGUCCCAUUAUCUUCCUCUGUUGAUCUAACAAUGGCCAAGUUAUUUGUUUCUGCAAAUUCCUGAAGAGUUGUCCACGCACACCAACUGUUUGAUAUUUUUGUCGCAUGAAAUUUUGACUGCACACCAACUGUUUGAUAUUUUUAUCACAUGAAGUUUUGACUCCUACUCCUCAUCUCCUUCCUACUAAAGUCCCUAAACUUCUUGUAGGUUGUUGUCUACCUGUAAGUUUAUAUGUACUUAAAUCGAUUCUACAAGAUAAACAGCACAUUUAAUUAUGUAUCUCUGCAUUUUCGCCGUUUCUUGGGAACCCAAAAUGUGAACAAGGUAGCUUUGUACUUCCAGAGAGCGAGGCUUAUCGAUUCAGUAAGACUCGCUCUUCGGUCUAGUUCUUCAGAAAAUCUUGUUACCUAUCUGGAGAAUCCUUCUCUGGAUUCUUUUGUAGUCACUAAGGCACUUCAAUCAGCUCCCUCUCCUGAAUCAGCUCUCCAUUUGAUUGAAUGUCUUAAAAAGAUUCCACAUUUCUCACAUACACAUAAUACCCUUUAUGCAUUAGCCAAGAUUCUUGCUAAGGCGCGGGAGAUUGCUAAACUCCAAGCACUUAUCAAUGCCAUUAACUCGGGAAAAUUCGUUAAUGCGGCACGUGUUAGUUACAUGGAUCAAAUGCGAUGGUAUGCCAUUAGUAGAGAGUUUAACGAUGUUGUCCGUGUGUGGGACGAGUGGAGGACAACCCUUCGAAAGCAUCCAUGUACUGAGUCUUACAACAUUGUAAUGGGAUUAUAUGUUCAGGUGGGUAAGGAUAGUGAUGCUGUGAGGGUAUUCCGUAGGAUGAUUGAAGAAGGGGCACUUCCUAAUUGUAGGACAUACACUAUUAUAAUUGAGCAUCUUGUUAGAAGUAGAAAGUUGGAUUCAGCCAUCGAGCUUUUCCAUAUGUUGCCUCAUGUUCGGAUCAAACGUACAUUAAAGCAGUAUUCUGUUCUAGUGGAAGCAUUCACUAUUGCCAAUCAGUUGGAUGUCGUCAAAGUCUUGCUUGAUCAGAUGAGGAGUGAUGGAAUAUUGCCUGUUCGAGCUAUGCUAUGGUCAUUGCAGCAGAUGCAGAGUGCUGGUUAUGAUGCUGAGACAAAUGAAUUGCUAAGGGACAUGUUAUCGGAUGGGAGGAUUAAGAUGAUUGGUUACUCUAUGGACAGUAGUGAAGACGACAGCGAUGAUGAAGAUGAAGAGAUUGACGGUAACAAUACUAAUGCUGUGGAUCAACCUCACCUGAAACCAUGGUUGGAUCCAGCUUCUUUAGCUAAUGCUUUGCAGAACUGGGGCGCUGAGGAGGUGUCAGCACUGGAGGAUGCAAAUUUAGUUUGGACGACUAGGUUGGUGUGCAAGAUGAUCAGGAGCUUCAAGUCAGCAGAAACAGCUUGGCAGUUCUUCUGCUGGGUUUCUUGUCAGCCAGGAUUCAUUCAUGAUAUAUACACAAUUUCAAGAAUGAUAACCAAAUUAGCUCGCCAAGGAUGUGUCGACUUGGUUGAUCAACUUUUGUCUAAGGUUGAAAGAGAGGGCAUUCAAUUGUCAUUCAGCACGAUACGGUUAAUUAUUGAUUUCUAUGGGAUUUCUCGUUAUGGUGAUCCCGCCCUUAGGGUUUUCAAAAGCAUUAAAACGAUCUGUGGUCCAAUAUCUAAAAGCAGUCAGUUGCUUCUGUACUCAUCUCUGCUAAGGACAUUGAUAAAAUGUAAAAUGAAUUCAGACGCCUUGGAUAUUCUCGAAGAAAUGAGUUUACUAGGAAUUGUUCCAGAUUCACAAACAUAUUCUGGACUAAUGAACCAUUUUGCUCUUCACGGAGAUAUAAAAACUGUACAGAGGCUUUUUGGGAUGGUCAGGCAGAGCGGUAUAGAGCCUGACGCUUAUAUGUAUAAAGUUCUCAUACAUGCUUAUUGCAAAUGUGAAAGAGCUGCUCUUGCACUCAGGGUUUUUGAAGACAUGAGGAACUCUGGGUUGUUGCCUGAUGCUCAUACCAAACAAUUGCUUGUCAAGAGUCUCUGGAAGGAAGGCAAGCUCCUAGAAGCUGCUUCUGUAGAAGAGAGAACUGAGGAAAUAAGUGAUGCUCUUCCCCUUGCUUCACCUGGACAUAUGUUUACAGUGAGCUCUACUGAUCUUUCAAGGGUCUGUAACAUUUAUUCCAAUAGUUUCCAGUCAACUUGUAGUUGAAAGACUAUGUCAUUGAUCGGGAUAUAGAGCUGUAAUGCUUUUCCAGUUCCAACAGUGUGAUGAAGAAUAGAUCCGAGAAAGAGACUUACUGCAAAUGGCCUCCUCCAUAUUUCAGGUCAACAUCUCCAUACAUCAGGUCAACAUCAUCAACUUCAAGAGUCUGUAACAUUUAUUCCAAUAAUUUCCAGUCAACUUGUAGUUGAAGGACUAUGUCACUGAUCGGGAUAUUAAGCUGUGAUGCUUUUCCAGUUCCAACAGUGUGAUGAAGAAUAGAUCCGAGAAAGAGACUAACUGCAAAUUAGCAAAUGUCCGCCUCCAUAUUUCAGGUCAACAUCAUUAACUUAACUCUCAUCAAGGAGGUCUGGUUACAUGUCCAUAGCAUUUUGAUUAUGUUGAUCUUUGUAAUAUUGUUGCUUAAAAUUGCAAAUGAGUAACUGACUUUUACUUGGCAUCGGAGUAAAUGUCGUAGUUGUCAGCAAUGCAGCUGUUUUACUGAUAUAAGGUGGUGAUAUUGCAAGUUCACUCAUUUGCUAGGGUUUAGCUUCUAUGUGGUAUCUGUGCACUUUGUAAACAAGAUAUACUCAUGAUUUAUGUUUUAUGGGGGGUGGAACUGGUGCUUGUUCACCUGCUCUAUGAUUUUUGCUUGUU